AUGCGCAUUCCUCUCUUCCGCAUCUGGUACUCGACCACGUACACCACCCUUCUUAUAAUCCUGCUCCUGCUCCUCGCCGUUACGCCCGCCGACACAAUAUACCAAUCGAUCAAAUCCAAAGAGCUCCAGAAGCUAUUUGUCAUCGGAGGUGUCUACCUGUUGACCUGUCUGAUUGUCCUGUUGAUCUACUCGACGCGCAUCUACACGAAUAGGACUGUGCUUGCUGCGAUACCCAAGAGCUAUGUGCCAAUCGAGGAAGGAGAGGUGGGAAAGGGUGUGCGAUGGAUGAUUGUCAAGCAUUUUAAGAGGAGCGCGGUCAUUGCGUGGGACAGCAGGCCGAGGGACGUUCGCGGCGAAGUCGACGUGGAUGAAGAGAAGGGCGAGGAGUCGCGACCAAAUACCGCAGAGAGCAGAAGAGAGAAGCACAAGGCGAACAAGAAGAAGGGCCACCACCACCAUCACCAUGCGCCGGAUGCGACAAUCAUACCUGUGUCUGCGAACUCGCCGCCUUGGGGCAACGUCUCGCAUCCAGGCUGGGCGUCACCUUCGUCGCCUGAUCUGCCAAACCUCCAGUACUGGGGCGUCAUCUGCGAACUACCGAACCUCAUCGAAGCGAAAGCCGUCUCCCUCGCACCGCCAGACCCAGCCCUCGAAGAAAGCGCCCAACAAUACCCCGACAACGCGCCGCCUCUCCCAGACGCGCGCAUUGUGACCCUCCUCCAGCGCCCACGCGCAAUGGGCCUCCGCGAAUACCUCGCCCGCCUCGCAGAAUUCGGGCUACUCAACCCACCAUCCCUCGGCGCCACGUUCCUCGCGCAAUACGAAUACGCACGCUUCUCCACCGCAAGCCUAACCGAGACACAAUUCCGCGACACCAUGGCCACUUUCGCAGAGAUUUUGAACGGCAUGACAGAAGUCGACCCGGCGGUUAUCGAAGAAGCACGCGCCCAAGACAUCGAGUCUGACACACGCAGUCUUGCGCCCACAGAAUCAAGCUCCGAAACGAGCAUCUCCUCGCACUCCCAUCUCCCCUACCGCACACCGCAACUCGAGCGCCAAGCUUCGCUGUCCUCUUUCAACAGCUCCCUAUUAUCAGCCGAUAGUAAUUCGACUACGCAUUCCCCGCAAACUGUCCGCACCGCUCCGUCACGCCAACAACAGCGCAGUUCCACUCUCUACGGUACACCGCGUACACCCUCGCAACGCUCGCAUGCGGAUUCUGGGUCGGAGACAGGCUCUGUCAUAGUCCGUGAAAGGCCGCGCAGAAGUCCGAGUACUCUGUUGCCCAAUUCGAGCGAGAGUUCGCUGGGAAGUGGAGGCAGUGUGAUUCGCCUGCAUCCUAACCCCAGUGAGGGGGAUUUGCCGUACGAAUAUACUAUUGACGCUGGGUGA